ACGAUUUUUGAAUUUUUGCAAAAUUUUUUAUUUUAAUUUUGCAAGUGAAAUGCAAUUAGAAUAAUUGUCGCGAAGUGCGCGACUGCGAAGAUGGUGAUGGUGCGGGGGCCUUGAUACUUUAAAGGAGCUUCGGCGACGGUGAUAAGCUGGCGCAGCAGGAAAAAUCGGCGUAGGAUACGAAAACUAGUUCUUACAACAGCAACAACUUUUGGUCCCCCCAACCUCUCGCACACAAACUCGCAGACAGUUGUUGUUGUGGCAGACAGACAACAAGCUCCUCCCAAAUAUGGAAGGAAUGGACCUGUGGACGUCCAUGUUCUCGGCAGACUUCGAGGAGGGGGAGGAGGAGAUUGAGCAAUAUGCGAAUGAAAACGGUCUGGACAGCAAUCCCGCCGGCGACAGUGACGACAUUCUGCCCGAGGGCGAUGGCGACGACGAGGACGAAGAAAACGAGGAGGAGGACGACGAUGAUGAUGAUAAUGAUGUGGAGGAUGAUGCGGAGGAGGAGACCGGCCGUGACAGUGGGAAAACAAAAGAGCCCGAUCAGGAUGAUGAUGCCAUAUUUCAGUUCGAUCUGGAGCCGAUUGUAGUCAUUGGAGAGCCACAGGCUCAGCCACCGUUGCUGGCGCCUCCGGGUCCACUUGGCGCGCCGCCUGUGCGUCCCAUGCAUCGGCACUCACUGCCCAGGGCCAGCCAGGGUCGGCCCAAGGAGGGGCGUCUUUCGGGCGUGCUCACGCGGCCCACCACCUCGCAGAUCAAUGCAACAGAUGCGAACGGGAUUCCCAUCAACUAUGAGCUGGGCGUCAUCUACAUCUGCCCCGCGUGCGGAGCGGAAUUCCGGCAGCAGGAUCUCUGGAAACGCCACAUGAACCAGAUGCACCAGUUCAACACGCGCCGCGGCCUCAACUUCAUGGCCAUGGACAAGCUCUAUCAUCGGUGCCUGGAGUGCAACAAGCGCAUCGCCAUGCAUAGCCGGGAGAACCUGCUGAAGCACAAGUUCACCCAUCUGCCGUUCAGGUGCACCAAGUGCUACAUCUGCAAACGGGAGUACAAAUACAGACAAGACCUGAUGGUCCACCUGAGGAUGGUCCAUUGCGACGAGGUGGUGGCCAUGAUGCGGGAGGGCUUCAACUUGGCGGGCCGCAAGACGCGGGUGCGGGAGCCGCGCACAGAACAAAUGCAACGCAAGGACCCGUUCCCGGAAGAGGAUGAAGAGCGGAACGAUCUUCUCGAGCCGGAGACUGAGACUGUGCCACCUAUGCUGGAAGAGGAAGCCCCGCCGAAGCGCAGGAAGAAGCGCUACCAAGGAGGUCCCUCCGGCGAUGGAGGUGCGGAUCUUUGCGAGGAUUACAUCCACUACAUGUGCCCCGAUUGCGGCACGGAGUGCGACACGCACGCCCAGUGGAGUCAGCACAUCGAGUUUGUCCAUGACUACGUCAGUCGCAGGGGGCUCAACUUCAUCAGCGUGGACAUGCAGAUGCAGUGCCUCGAAUGCAAGAAGAUUGUCAUCCCCAACACCAUUAAGACGCUGCGGGCGCACAAGUUCACGCAUCUGUCGCAGCCCGAGUGGCUCCGCUGCAAGCUGUGCUACAAGGGCUACACGGAGCACCACGAGCUGGUCAGUCAUCUGCUGAAGCAGCACCACCUGGAGUCGCUGAUGCCCGAGGAUUCGCCGGAUCCAUCACCCGUCAAAAAGACAGACGGAGGCGACGACUGGGAGGACAAUGGAAAUGGGAGCGUCUUCGAUGACGUGUCACCGCACUUUGAAGAUGUCCCGCGGCGGGGAGGCCGUAUCGGGAGCGAUGACAUGUAUGAGCCCCACAUCGACUACCUGUGUCCGCAGUGCGGCAAGGAAUUCAUCGAGAAGAAGCACUGGCGCACCCAUGUGGUGCAGGUGCACGGCAUGAACGACGUGACGAAGCUCAACUUUGAGAUAAUCAACGAUCGCCAGCUGAAGUGCACGGAAUGCGCCAAGAUCAUAACGAACGCCUACGGCAUACAGAAUGCCCAGCAGCACAGGAUCACGCACCUGCCAUUCAAGGCGUAUGCCAGGUGCCGCAAAUGCCACAAGUCUUACACGGACCGCAAGGGUCUGGUCAAGCACCUGGCCACCUACCACCGUGUGGGCUACGUGCCGCGCAAAACCCUGAAAAGAGGCGGACGACCAGCCGCGCCGUUUGCGUCGCCCAAGCAGCAGCGCAGACAAAUUGUGACCUUGGGAAAAGAGACCUACGAGAUCAUCUUCCUGGACGAAGAGCUGAUGCACUCAAGUGUCGACGAGGAGAACGACUUCGGAGAGCAGAUGCAGAUGGCGGAUGAGGAGGACUUGCCCACUGUCAGUGCUGGCGUACUGCCGCCCAGCCCGAAUCGCUACAAGUGCGUGGAAUGCGGAACGCUGUUCCCCACCCAAGUGGCUCUCAAGUUGCACAUCAGCGAGGCACAUACGUUCCGGGACCCCCCUCAGUACGGGGGAUCCAAGAAGCUGGACAAAUCCCAGGGCAAAGAGGAGUCGCCCAAGAAGAGGAGACUAGGAGCGGGUCCAGCAGCAGCACUGACACCAUCAUCUUCGCCAGCGGCCACAAGCACCCCAUCAUCGGGCACCGUAGAGCAGAACUACAUAUUUCUGUGCCCCUCGUGCGGCGAGGAGUACAAGACGCAGUUCGAAUGGCGCCGCCACAUCAACGAGGCCCACAACUUUGACAAGCGGCAGUAUCUGAAUAUGCGCCAACUCGACAAGUACCGAUACCAGUGCACCCAGUGCAACGACAUUGUGUGCAACUCCAAGUUGAAGGGGCUGCAGGACCACCACUUUCGCCAUCUGCCCUUCCGCCUGUACCUCAAGUGCCUCGUGUGCGGCACCUGCUACAACCACAAGCCCAACAUUGCCGCUCAUCUGAGGACGCGGCACAACAUCUACGAGCGCGAAACGCCCUGGCGGGAGCUACAGACCAAGCCCCAGUACUCUUAUGUUCAGUCCAAGGAAAAGGACAGGGACACGGCCGUCAAGAGCAGGCCGCAAUCACCCUCGCAUGCAGUUGUGCCCUCCUCAUCAGGCUCAUCCAGUACCAGCAGUCGCCCACUCUGGCCACAGUCCGAGAAGCGUCCGACACGGCCGGCCGGUCUCAACACCCUGGAGGACAGCAUCUCGUACCACAAUGCGGUGGACAUGGACUUCAUCACCUACUACUGCCCCAAGUGCAACAAGAACUUCGACUCGCACGCCUUCUGGCGCAAGCACAUCGUGGAGCACCACAACUUCAACAGCCGCGAGGGCCUGAACUUCCGGCAGAUCGACAUCCACCACUACUUAUGCCUGGAGUGCUACAAGCGUGUCACCGUCACCCAUACCAAGGGCGCCAUCGGGCAGCUCCAGUCGCACAAGUUCCGCCACCUGCCCUACCGCUCCUUCAAGUGUCUCACCUGCAACGGAGAGUUUGUGCGCAAGCAGAUGUUCUUCAAGCAUCUCAAUCGGGACACCAAUCGGUGCGAUAACAAGCCCAGCGCCGCAGAGGUGUUUGAUGACGAGGAGCAGGACGCGAUUGGCGUCACCGCCGCGGAAGAUGAAGACGUUGAAGCCUCUGCCUAUCGACUGAUGUGCCCCCAGUGCGGCGACGACUUCACCACCUCCAACCAGGCGGUGUGGCACAACCACCUCAACGUCUCGCACGGCCUGGACAAGCAGCUUCUGCACAUUCGGAAGGUAGGCGAGGGGCUCUACCGCUGCCACGACUGCAACGAGGAGUUGGCUACGAAGAGCAGGCGGGUCCUGCAGCAGCACCGCUUCAAGCAUAUGCCCCAUUCCGGCUACAUUCGUUGCCAACUUUGCGAGAGCGGGACGGAUGAGAAGGCGGCUGAAGUGCACAGCAUGCGGGAGCUGCAUCAGCACAUCCGCGAGCACCAUCCGGCAGUGGACGAGAGCGACGAGAGGAUGCUGAAGGUGCGCCAGCUAAUGGACGAGGAGGAGACCGACGAGGACCGUCAGCCAACAGCAAACAGUGACAAUGAAUCAGGCUCGACGCCAAACAAUGGUCCAUAUAUGCCGCUACCGCCGCAUUUACUGGACGAGGUGGAGGAUUUGGAUUUCGAGGAUCAGUAUCUGCUGGGAUAGGGUGCCCACCCCACUCACACCUGCCACCUCCCAUUCCCAGUAUCCACAAUAACGUGUACUUCCAGUGGUCAACCCAAUAAUCGAGUCUCUCUAAAGGACUGAGAAUGAGAUUAAGCAAAAAGUAUUCUUAGACAUUAGCCAUUAGACACCGUAUAACACCUAGCUUCCACUCAUACUCAUAGCUAGUUUUUAAGUUUUGAGACACCCUCUCUCAUUUUAGUAGCUGUAAGCCGUAAAAUCUAUUUAUUGGAACCCUCGCGGAUAUCGACCACGCGCCCAUAGACUCCACCAGAUUUCAAUGAUAUUUUCAAGACUACACAAUAAUUUAACUAUAUUUAUGCGCUUUCAGUGAGGUAGCCGCAGGCCGAGCUGAAAACUUAUUUAAGAGCACUGGUUCAAGUGCGCACUUUGCUGAAAACUUUGAAGGCUCGCCCAUGGCACCUGUGCUUUUUUAUAUCGAUCAAGCAUGUUUGUCUUUAUCAGCAAGCCAUAUGAUAUGAUACAGCGAUGGGCUAUGUACAAAUCGGAAGUUUUAAUGUGACUAUCUUAAAACAAUGUAGAAGUUUUUUUUAUAUAGAUACAGAUGUUGGAUCACCCGAUUACGACAAAUGAUUGGCAAGAUCAUAAAAGAAAUCUAUGUGCAGAGUUUCCGAAGGUAGGCGGGAAUACUGAGGGGAGGUUGAAGUACGCAAAAUAUGCGUUGUGAGGAGCCCAAGGGCGGAAUGCCGGCGGCGACGGCACAGCUAUCAGAUCAUAUUUCAACUCAGCCGACAGUAUGUGCACCCUCAGCUUGGCUGAGCUCAGAUCGAAAUUUUGAAAGCUCCUCUUUCAGCUAGAGUGUGCGCGGGACUCCCAAUGUAGAUGAAAGCUUGAGCAUGUGAGAUGCACUCCUUCUGGGUUAUCUCUCUGCUCGAAUAAUGUUAAUAAAUAAGAAAUUCCUUUCGAGAACUAAUCGACUUACA